UGUUGUGCUAAUGACACUACCUCUUAGUGGUACAUCAUGGAAAAACGUCAAAAAAUCGAUUACUUGAAAAUCGACUUACAUCCCGUUGUCUCUUGCCUUAUAUUUGUUGAAACAACGUGCAUUGUGGAUUUUAAUGAUUUUUAAAUUAAAUAAUCUGUUUUUGAAUAACAAAUUAUCACAACUAAUUUGUAAAAAUAAAUCUACUGCAAGCAUUUUGAUUUUGCGCGAGAAAUCUCAGUUCAUGCAGACAUGUACGUACAUAGUAUGGAUGGAUUUGGAAAUGACCGGCUUGGAUGUUCUCAACGACAAAAUCAUUGAAGUUUCAAGUGUAAUAACUGAUAAGGAGAUGAAUAUUAUCGCCGAAGGACCCUGUUUUGCUGUUCACCACCCAGCAGUGGUGUUUGAAAACAUGAAUAGCUGGUGUAAGAAGCAUCACUAUGAAUCCGGACUUGUGGAGAAAUGUUUAAAAUCACAAAUUACAACGAGUAAGGGACAGGAACUACUUCUGGAUUUUUUUAAGGCAUAUAUACCCAAGGGCGAAUGUGCCCUAGCCGGAAAUUCUGUAUAUAUGGACAGAUUAUUUUUACGAAAGGAGAUGCCAGAAGUUGACGACUAUUUACACUAUCGCAUUAUUGAUGUAUCAACAAUAAAGGAGUUAGCGCGAAGAUGGAAUCCAAAGGUGUUAGCCGAAGCCCCCACUAAAAAGUUAGCUCAUCGGAGUUUAGAUGACAUUAAAGAUAGUAUUGAAGAAUUGAAAUAUUACCGUCAUGCGUUCUUUAAGUAACUUUAAUAUACCAAUGACUAAUUGAGAGUGCCUGCCAGAUAAAACUUUAUUGACAGCAAGAGAACAAGGAAUACCCUUAAGGUGCAAGCUACGCUCAACCAAACUUGUUAUUCAAAAAUGUUUACUAAAACAGCAGCUUUAGCCUCCUGAAAAUGGGAAAGCAGACAUUACUGCUGUUUCAACAAACAUAGGACUGCUGUAUUAAGGCUCUAUUACACUGAAUGUAGUGUGAUACAAACGAAACUAACAUAUGGAAAUUACUUAUCAAAAAGCACAUAUAAUUUUUUGUAUUAGAGCAUGCUCUAUUCCUUCUGACAAAAACAUGAAGAAAUGAGCUGCUUUUGUUGUCAGUCGAAUGAAAACAACCUCAAAUUAAGUUGUUUUCAAAAAUUUAUGAUUUAACCAGUUUUCUCACAACUUUAACAAUUUUUACGCAUAAAACAACCAGUUUUUGCUCAAAUUUUUAGAUUAUUUUAUUUUGGAUUGGGUGUGAUAGCAAAAAUGAUGAAUCGCAUGUAAAUUGUCAAUUUUGACAAAUAUUUUCAAUUACAUGUGAAUACAAAAAGUGACAUGUCAUAAGACAUCUACAUGCCGUGUAAUAGCGCCUUUAGCAAACAUUUCUUACUGCUAUUUCAACUUACAAAAUCUGCUGUUUUAAGUACACAAGUCUGCUGAAAAAUUUUGUAUGCUUCUUUUAUGGUUGCCUGUUGUUUUGAUUACUUUAGGCAUUUUUUAGAAUUUUUUUUUUUAAUUUUGAUGGAAGAGAUGAUUUUAAUUUGUGGAAUAUUUUUGUAAAGAAGCUACCUGAUCCAUCCAUUGGUAUACAUUUCGAAAUUUGGCUGAGCUAGCUCCUAUUUUUUGUUUUUGCCUUUGUAUCUAAAUUUAAAGGAAAAAGGUUAUGGAAAAUAUAUGUACAUCAGUGGUGAUUAUAAACAACCACUGAGUCACACAUUUA